CUGACUAUAAGUAAUACUGAUUGUAGGAAGUCAGAUUUGUUUGAAUUGCUGAAAGCAUACACGGUGUUGCAUCCCGAGGAAGGUUACUGUCAAGCGCAGGCGCCGGUUGCAGCUGUUUUGCUGAUGCACAUGCCACUGCGAGACGCCUUUUAUUGUUUUGUACAAAUCUGUCACAAGUAUUUGCCCGGUUAUUACAGUGCUGGCCUGGUAAGCAUUUUACUACUCAUUAUGCAGCAGAGUUCCAGUCGAAAAAAAUGUUCCAACUGUAAAUGGAAAGCAAAAAAUUUAGAGAAGUUUUCGCCCACAUAAAC